AUGUAUAGAAGAAAGAAAGGCUUAACUCAAGAAGAAAUCGAGAAAUUGCUUCAAGAUCUUGAAAAUGAAGCUUUUGGUGACAGUGAUUCCGAAUGCGAAAUUGAUAAUGAUGAAGGAAAAGAGGUGUCUUCCUUUAUGGAAUUUCAGUCUGUUUCGGAAGAUGUUGCAGAUAAAGGAAAAAAUAUUAAUGAAUUUCAUCUAGAAGACAUAGAUAUAAAUUGGGUUGAUCCUGAUAUUUCGAUGAAAACGGAUACCUAUUCAUUUAAAGGAACUAACGCAUUAAAAGGAAAUGCUGCAGAAUGCAGUAAUGAAAUUGAUUUUUUCGAAUGCGUAUUUCAAAUGCAUUUACUCGAUUUUAUAACACUCGAAACAAAUAAUUAUAUCGAGCAAUUUUUCGAGUUAACUGAAAGUGUUUCUAAAAAAGCUCAUUCUGUGAAAUGGAAAAAUGUAAGUGCAUCGGAGCUAAGGAAAUUCUUAGCUCUGACUCUGCUUAUGGGGCACAUUGAUAAAGAUAGUUUAAAAGACUACUGGUCGACUGAUGAGAUGAUCGAAACCCCAUUUUUUGGAAAAGCUAUUGCAAGAGAUCGAUAUUUAAACAUUCUUCGAUUUCUUCACUUUUCUGACAAUAAAUUAGCACCGAAUAAAGAAGAUCCCGAGUACGACCGCAUGUGGAAGAUUCGAAAUGUCUUUGAAAUAUUAAAUUAUCGCUUCAAAGAAAUAUAUGACCCUACAGAAGAACUUGCGGUUGAUGAAGUUAUCGUUGCUUUUAAAGGUCGAGUAGUAUUUCGGCAGUACAUCCCGAAAAAGCGAAAACGUUUCGGUAUUAAAGUCUACAAACUUGCAGAUAAAAAUGGGUAUACGUUCAACAUGCGUGUGUAUCUGGGGAAGGAUAAGGUUUUAGGCGAUGGAGAAAAAUGUUCUGCACAUCGAACUGUCACUGGACUUGUUGAAUGUGUUAAAGGAAAAGGACAUAAACUUUUUAUGGAUAAUUUCUUUUCAUCAUCACAAUUGUUUCUUGAACUUCACCGUAAGUAUAAAAUAAACAGCUGUGGUACCGUUAGGUCAAAUCGAAAAUAUAAUCCGAAGAUUCUGGCCUCUCCACGAAUGAAAAAAGGUGAAUGCAGAGAAUUAUAUUCACAGGGUAUGGAAGGAUAA